GACGUCCCAGGGCCUCCUGAUGCACCAAUCAUCUCAGAGAUUUUCAAGGACAGUUGCCAAGCAACAUGGUCACCCCCAGAGUCAGACGGUGGAGCACCAAUCAUUGGUUACCACAUUGAACGUCGCCAAGCCACCUCUACCCGCUGGGUGAAAGUCAACACUGAUGUGAUUGAAGAGCUUACAAUGAAGGCAACAGGCCUGAAUGAGGGCAUGGACUAUGAAUUCAGAGUAGCGGCUGAAAACAAGGCUGGAAUUGGCAAAUAUAGCCCUCCAUCCAAACCAUUCAAAGCCAAGGACCCAUGGGGUAA